CGCACUCGCGUCAGCGCGGCCGAGGCGACGGGGUCGCCGCGGCAACGGGGGCGGGGCGAGGCGGGCGCCGGAGCGGUGGCGGCGGCGGCGGCGGAGUGGGCCCGUGGGACCCCCGGGCCCGGCGGAGGGCGCGAUGCAGCUGCGGCACGUGCGGACCCUGCUGGCCCCGCAGGACGGGACGGCGCGGGUGACCUGCAUGGCCUGGUCCGCCAGCAGUGCCCGCUUCGCCGUGUGCACCGCGGAGCGCGUGGUGCUGCUCUACGACGAGCAGGGCGAGCGGCGGGACAAGUUCUCCACGAAGCCGGCGGACGCCAAGUACGGCAGGAAGAGCUACGUGGUCAAAGGCAUGGCCUUCUCCCCGGACUCCACCAAGCUGGCCGUGGGGCAGACGGACAACAUCGUCUACGUGUACAGGAUCGGCGAGGAGUGGGGUGACAAGAAGGUGAUAUGCAACAAGUUCAUCCAAACGAGUGCUGUGACCUGCUUGUUGUGGCCAGCAGAGAAUGUCAUUGUCUUUGGUCUCGCUGAAGGAAAGGUUCGUUUAGCAAAUACAAAGAACAACAAGUCUUCCACCAUUUAUGUGACAGAUUCCUACGUGGUGUCACUAACUUCUAAUGUGUCGGGGAAGGGAAUCCUGUCUGGCCAUGCAGAUGGAACCAUAGUGCGCUUCUUCUUUGAUGAUGAGGGGUCAGGUGAAUCACAGGGUAAAUUUGCCGUGCAUCCCUGUCCUCCUUAUGCCCUCGCCUGGGCUCCCAACAGCAUUGUGGCUGCAGGCUGUGACAAGAAGAUUGUUGCUUAUGGGAAGGAAGGCAGCGUGAUUCAGACCUUGGACUACAGCCGGGACUCGUCAGAGAAGGAAUUCACCACAGCAGCCACCAGUCCCAGUGGGCAGUCCAUUGUUAUUGGCAGUUACGACAGGUUACGGGUUCUGAACUGGAGCCCACGGCGCGGUGCCUGGGAGGAGGGCAAGCCCAAGGAAAUCGCUCACCUGUACACGAUCACGGCGCUGGCGUGGAAGAGGGACGGCUCGCGGAUCUGCGCGGGUACGCUCUGUGGAGGAGUUGAACAGUUUGACUGCUGUCUUCGCAAAACCAUUUACAAAAAUAAAUUUGAAAUUACGUAUGUGGGACCAAGCCAGGUCAUUGUGAAGAACCUCUCAACAGGAACUCGAGUUGUGCUGAAAUCCCAGUAUGGUUAUGAGAUUGAUGAGGUGAAGAUCUUGGGGAAGGACAGGUACCUGGUGGCCCAUACCUCAGACACGUUACUGCUGGGUGACAUCAGCUCCAACAAGCUCAGUGAGGUGGCCUGGCAAGGAUCUGGGGGCAAUGAGAAGUUCUUCUUUGACAAUGAGAACGUCUGCAUGAUUUUUAAUGCUGGAGAGCUGACACUAGUGGAGUAUGGAAGCAAUGACAUUCUGGGGUCUGUCCGCACAGAGUUUAUGAACCCUCAUCUGGUCAGUGUCCGUAUCAAUGAGAGACAGCAGCGAGGCGUGGACGAGAACAAGAGACUGGCUUACCUGGUAGACAUCAAGACUAUAGCAACAGUGGACCUUGUUGGUGGCUACAACACUGGCACAAUCAGUCACGACAGCAAGAUCGACUGGCUGGAGCUGAAUGAAACAGGCCACAAGCUGCUCUUCAGGGACAAGAAGAUGAGGCUGCAGCUCUAUGACAUCGGGAGCAGCACCAAGAGCACCAUUCUGAGCUACUGCUCCUAUGUGCAGUGGGUCCCGGGCAGUGAUGUGGUGGUUGCUCAGAACAGGAACAGUCUCUGCAUUUGGUACAACAUCGAUGCUCCAGAGCGAGUCACCAUGUUUCCUCUGAAGGGGGAUAUCGUAGGCUUGGAAAGGAGUGAUGGGAAGACUGAAGUGCUAGUGUCUGAAGGGGUGAGCACUGUGUCCUACACCCUGGAUGAAGGCCUCAUCGAGUUUGGGACUGCCAUUGAUGAUGGGGAUUAUCACAGGGCAACUGCAUUUUUGGAGACACUGGAAAUGUCCACAGAGACUGAAGCCAUGUGGAGGACCCUCAGCAGACUGGCUUUGGAAGCGAGACAGCUGCACAUUGCAGAGAGGUGCUUUGCAGCUCUGGGAAACAUGGCAAAGGCUCGAUUUCUGCAUGAAACCAAUGCUAUUGCUGACCAGGCAGCUCAGGAGCACCAGGGCGGGGAUGGCUCAGACCAUUACCUGGUGCGGGCCCGCUUGGCCAUGCUGGACAAGAACUACAAGCUGGCAGAGAUGAUCUUCCUGGAGCAAAACGCCACAGAGGAGGCCAUGGAGAUGUACCAGGAGCUGCACAUGUGGGAUGAGUGCAUUGUGGUGGCCAAGGCAAAGGGACACCCGAUGCUGGAGAAGUUGCGUCGGGGUUACUACCAGUGGCUGCUGGACACGCAGCAGGAGGAGAAGGCCGGGGAGGUGCAGGAGGAGCAGGGGGAUUACGUGGCAGCCAUCAGCCUGUACCUGCGGGCAGGGCUGCCAGCCAGAGCGGCACGGCUGGCCAUGGGCAGGGACGAGCUGCUCACCAGCGCGGACGUCAUCGACAGGAUCUCGGUGGCUCUGGUCAGAGGGGAGCUCUAUGAGCAGGCUGGAGACCUGUUUGAGAAGGUUGGGAACCCACGAAAGGCUCUGGAGUGCUACAGCAAGGGCAGUGCCUUCCUCAAAGCUGUGGAGCUGGCUCGCCUGGCAUUUCCUGCAGAGGUUGUGAAGCUGGAGGAGGCCUGGGGAGACCAUCUGGUGCAGCAGAAGCAGCUGGAUGCUGCUAUUAACCACUACAUCGAAGCCAGUGUAGCUGGAGGAGAUGCCUGCUGCCUGGCUCUAAAGACUGCGUUUGGUGCCAGGUGCUCAGUUAAGGCCAUUGAGGCAGCUUUGGAAGCCCGGCAGUGGAAGAAGGCCGUCUACAUUUUGGACUUGCAGGACAAACAAACUGCAGCCAAAUAUUACCUCAAGAUUGCCCAGCAUUAUGCAGCUUUACAGGAGUAUCAGGUUGCAGAGGAGCUGUACAUCAAAGGAGGCCAGACCAAGGAUGCUGUUGACAUGUACACACAGGCUGGGCUCUGGGAACAGGCUCACAAGCUGGCAGUCAAGUGUAUGAGCCAGGAGGACGUGAGUGUGCUGUACAUAACCCAGGCCCAGGAGAUGGAGAGACAGGGCAAGUACAAAGAAGCAGAGAGGCUAUACAUCACUGUGAAUGAGCCCGACAUGGCCAUCACCAUGUACAAGAAGUGUAAGAUGUAUGACAGGAUGGUUUCCCUCGUAGCCAAGUACCACAAGGACUUACUUGGAGAUACUCACCUGCACCUGGGCAAGGAGCUGGAGGCAGAGGGGCGCCUGCAGGAGGCUGAGUACCACUACCUGGAAGCCAAGGACUGGAAGACCACAGUGAACAUGUACAGAGUUCAUGACAUGUGGGAAGAUGCAUACAGGGUGGCCAAGGCACACGGGGGUGCAAACUCCCAUAAGCAUGUGGCCUAUCUGUGGGCGAAGAGCCUGGGUGGAGAGGCAGCUGUGAAACUCCUCAGCAAGUUUGGGCUUCUGGAGAUGGCCAUUGACCAUGCAACAGACAGUGGGGUCUUUGAAUUUGCUUUUGAGCUGGCCCGCCUCUCCAUGAAGCAGAAGAUGCCAGACAUCCACUUGAAGUAUGCCAUGUUCCUAGAAGACGAGGGCAAAUUUGAAGAGGCUGAAGGAGAAUUCAUUAAAGCUGGGAAGCCCAAGGAAGCUGUGCUGAUGUUUGUGCACAACCAGGACUGGGACGCGGCGCAGCGCGUGGCCGAGGCUCACGACCCCGACAGCGUGGCUGAUGUGCUCGUGGGACAGGCGCAGUUUGCCUUUGAGCAGAGAGAGUUCCAGAAGGCAGAGGCCUUCCUCCUGCGAGCACAGAGACCUGAGCUGGCCAUCAAAUACUAUAAGGAGGCCGGCAUGUGGAGCGAGGCCCUGCGCAUCUGCAAGGAGUACGUGCCCGGCCGGCUGGGAGAGCUGCAGGAGGAGUGUGCCAGAGAGGCUGGCAAGAAAGGCUCCAGUGGAUCCGAGGGGCUGCUGGAGCAGGCACGGGAGUGGGAGCAGGCUGGGGAAUACGCCAGGGCAGUGGACUGCUACCUGAAGGUGCAGGAUGCCAGCAACAGCGUCCUGGUGGAGAAGUGUUUACUGAAGGCUGCUGAGCUGGCUGUGAAGUUCUUGGGUCAGUCACGGAGCGUGGAAGUGACACGGACUGUGGCUCCUCAGCUGGUGGCCAUGAAGAAAUACAGCAUGGCAGCUGAGCUCUACCUGAACUUGGACCUCAUCCGAGAAGCUAUCGAUGCCUUAAUUGAGGGGGAGGAAUGGAGCAAGGCCAAGCACAUAGCCAAGGAGUUCGACCCCAGGUCAGAGGAGUAUGUGGACCAACGUUACAAGGAGUAUUUGAAAAAACAAGGAAAGGUGGAUUCGCUGGUGGGAAUUGAUGUCAUGGCAGCUCUGGAUACAUAUGCAAAGCAGGAGCAGUGGGAAAAGUGCCUGGAGGUUGCAGCUAAGCAGAGCUAUCCAGUCCUGCACAAGUACAUUGCUCUGUAUGCAACACACCUGAUCUGUGAGGGCAGCUGGGAUAAAGCCCUGCGCCUCUACGUGGAGCAUGGAGCACCUGCCAACCCCCAGAAUUUCAACAUCUAUAAGCGCCUCUUUGUGGAGAUGGUGAAUGCGCCGGGCAUGAACUGUGCAGAGGCGUACUCCAGCUGGGCUGGCCUGAGGGACAUGCUGCUCAGUCUGUGUGAGGCCUUGCUGAAGUCUGGCGAGGGGAGUGCCCCGGUGCAGGAGGAGUUUGAGCGGAUGCUGCUCGUCUCUCACUACUGCGCCACCCGCGCCGCCGUGCAGGGCCUGCAGCUGGACAUGGUGGCUGCCCAGCUGUCCAUCUCCCUGCUGCGCCACACGGAUCUGCUCCCUGCAGACAAGGCUUUCUACGAGGCUGGGAUGGCUGCCAAGGCAGUCGGCUGGGAGAACAUGGCAUUUGUCUUCCUGAACCGCUUCCUGGACCUCUCAGAUGCCAUCGAAGAAGGGAACCUGGAUUCCCUGGACCAUUCUGAUUUUCAGAGGACAGACAUUCCCUGUGAAGUGCCACUUCCAGCCCAUCAGCACGUGCCUGAGGAGCAGCGGGAGGAGGUGAGGGACUGGGUGCUCACCGUGUCCAUGGACCAGCGGCUGGAGCAGGUGCUGCCGCAGGACGAGCGCAGCACCUUCGAGGCCUCCCUGGUGGCAGCGGGCACCGGGGUGCGCUCCCUGCCCUGCCUGCUGACAGGGUACCCAGUGCUAAGGAACAAGCUUGAGCUGAGGCCGGGCCGAGAAGUGAAGAGGGAAGUGUGGUACAAAUUCAUGAAGGCAGUCAAGAGCUGCUUGACGGGCAUUGACAGACCCAGCCCACGGGGUGCCCCCUUCCAGAGCCAAGGCAUCUCUCUCUCUGCAGACAUCCCACAGCCCUGCGGGCCAUGAUGUGAUCGAGUUCCUCCAACGGUGGUGUGGGGGACUCCCAAGCUUCUUAUUCUAGUGAGCAGGACUGUGGCAGCUUUCAGGCCUGUUCCUCAGCACAUUCCACAUCCAAUAAACCUGUUAUCUGUUUAGUAAAUCUGUAA